AUGUUCAAACACAUAGAAGUGGUGUGCCACAAGGAGGUGCCCACGUACAAAAAGCUCAAGGAAUGGACAAAAAAAUUGACUUCAACAACCAAAAUAAAACCAGAUGCCGCCGACUGUUUUGACGCUUUUAUGAUAGGAGCAGGUCUCCUUAACGAAACCCUGAAACUCAAGUUCAUUCGAAACAUCGUGGUGUUCACGAAUGGUCAAGUACCUAUGACGUCGUGGAAUACAGACUUGGCCAAGGCAUCGGCUGGUGCGAUCAAUUCUAUGGACGUCAAUGUCAUUGUGGGAGUACCUGGAUUGCAAGAAGAAAACGAAAAUAUAGUUCAAUGGCGGAAAAAACUCAAAGAGUUUCGUCAUGGUCACUUGGCAGAUGCACAAUCUUUGGCCAAUUCCCCCAAUUAUACCCCACCAUUGAAGCGAGUACGGCCCAUACGAGCCGCUAAAGAUAUUCUCCAGCUUCGCUUGGGCGCCGAUAUCUCUCAAUUGGUCACUUCAGACUCCUAUGACCCUGCAUCCGAUAUCUGUCUUUGCUUGGAGGUGGAAGUCUACCCAGCCGUCAAAAUAGAAAAGCCCAUUGCUGCUCACCAGUACUUGGUAAGCGACAAAGUUUCUCAGAUCAAGACAGAGACUUCGUAUUACAUUCGAGGAGAGGGAGAAGAAAACGUUCCUAUAGUGAAAGGAGAUUGGGUGGAUGGAUUCAAGUAUUCCAAUUUUGAUCUUAUAGCUGUCGAUGAAAGUCUUCGUGGUCUUGCGACCUUGAAAACAGAUACGGGUUUGGAUAUCUUGGGAUUCAUUCAUCGAGAAAAGGUUCCAAUGGCUUAUUUCACUUCUGAAUCCUUCUAUGUUGCACCAACAUCGGAAGCACAGGGAAAUGCUAUAGGUGUUGCUGCUUUUUGCAAGGCGUUGAUAGAGCUUGAUUCGUUUGCAAUCACGAGAUACGUGCAGAAAGCUAAUGACGAAGUACAGAUGUGUGUAUUGAUGCCAGUCAAAAUCCUUCAUAAGGAUAAACAUAUCUAUGCAUUUUCCAUGACAAGAUUACCGUUUAAAGAAGAUGAAAAAAUGGGCCGAUUCCCAAAAUUGAGCACCUUCACCACUACCAGCGGCAAGAAGAUAGACGAGCCUAAUGACCUCGACAUGAAAAUGGAGGAAUUUAUCCAGUCCAAAGACCUUGAUGCCGUGCUUGGCUCAUCUGGUCCGGCGACUAUUUCGAAUCGAAAAGUCACCAUGAGAGAACCCAGUUCUUUGCCUGUGGAAUUGCCUGUCCAACCGACAUUGAUACCUUCAUCCCCAGCAAUACAAAAAUACAACCAGAACUUAAAGAGAAUUAUCGCCAAGUCCCUCGGCCAUGAUUCGCUCCCAGCUUACCUUCAGCAAGAAAAAUUCGUGGAAAACGUAAUGUCCGGAAACGAUACCAAUCUUUUCAAUUUGGGUAAUAUCUUGUCGGUGAACGGCGAGUCGAAAUGGCUUUUUGAUGUCAACAAAAAAUCCAACGAUGCCUCGCACAAGCUUCUUGAAUCUUUGGACAUAGAGUACACUUCCAAAAAGUUUCUCGAUCAAGAGAAACAGAAGAAAAAAUGGCAUGCGGGACCAAACUCUCGACUUGGACAUGGAACCUACGGAGCCCACGAAGGUCCAUACGAAGAAGAAUUGGAGUUGGACCAGCUAUUGGAAUGA